GACCAGAGCAAAGCAGGAGCCACACAUCCGUGCACGCCUGACCGCUAGACUACUUCCUGGACCAAAAGAACGGGACAUUUCCAGCAACACUUUUCCCCUUCAACCUCCGUCUCGCUGACGCCGCGGAUAAUCACUUAAUAAUGACUGCGUAUGAUCAAUAAUAUUCGACCACUUUUUUCCUGUAGUUAAAGACAGCGAUUGAUUGCCGAUCGACUCCCCCCCCCCCCUCCCUUCCCUCUCCACCGCCUCCUGCUUCUUCUCCCUACACUUCGGGAAUGUCGCUAUGUGGAAGCCCGCUGCAGACACGGAGGACUCCAACACCAAGAGAUUUUGAAUUGUUUUCGCGCAACCUGUGCGUGUUCGCCGCUUUAUUCCUCGAAGCUAAGGAGUGCAGCCCGUGCUCGGUCCGGAGGCGAGUGAAUCUGGCUUUUUCAAAGCAGUGACUGUAUCCUGUGACCGUCAAGCCAUUUCUGUACUUUGAUGCUCUGCCUUCGUGGCCGCCGUGACAACUUCGGCUUUAGUGUGUGCGUGUGAUUCUUUCUAAAGAAGGACAAGCAGCAGCAGAAGAAGAAGAAGAGGAGGAGAAGGGGGCAAAAAAGACUAACUUAAUCACCCGUUGCCUUUUCUUGUUGCUCUCGAUGAGUAGUCUAACAUGCGGAAAAUACGGGAACCGAGUCACUGGUGGAUUUUAACCCUGCUGUUUUUAACCUUGCCCGAACACAAAGACUGUCAGCCCGUUGUGUCGGGUGACCAAGCUCACUUCACUGGAGGCAGCCGUCCUGGGAACACAGGCGUAAUGAGGGAGAGGAGGACAGCUGGUGACCCCUACUGGUCCUAUUCAGGAAGCCAUGGGCCACGAGGUUGGGCAGCCUCUUACCCAGAGUGUGCUGCAAAGAACCAGUCACCUGUGGAUAUUGUAGAUGAGCAAGCUUUGGUGCUGGACGAAUACCAGGAGCUGGAGCUUGACAAGUUCAACAUUGAGUCGUCCAACCAGACCACCAUGAAAAACACUGGAAAGACAGUCGCUGUGCUUCUGAAGGAUGACUACUUUGUAAGAGGCGCUGGACUGCCAGGGCGCUUUAAGGCUGAGAAGAUGGAGUUUCACUGGGGCCAGAGUAAUGGAUCAGCAGGCUCUGAGCACAGCAUAAAUGGCAGAAGGUUCCCCGUAGAGAUGCAGAUCUACCUUUACAAUUCAGACGACUUUGACAGCCUCAACGCGGCCAUCAAGGAAAGACGUAUCAUUGCUGCCAUGGCCGUCUUCUUUGAGCUUGGACAAAAAGACAACCCAGCUGUGGACCCAAUCAUCCAGGGAUUGAAAGGAGUGGUGCACCAUGAAAAGGAGACCAACCUCAGGUCAUUCAUCUUGAGGGAUCUGCUGCCAUCAUCGGUUGACAGUUAUUACCGAUACACCGGCUCUUUGACCACUCCGCCCUGCAGCAAAGUAGUGGAGUGGAUCAUCUUCUCCAGGCCUGUGUAUCUGUCCCACUCACAGCUGGAUGCUUUUUACUCCAUCUUCACAACGGAACAACAGGACCAUGUCAAGUCUGUCGAGUACCUGACAAACAACUUUAGGCCACUGCAGGACCUGAACAAUAGGAAGAUUUUUAAGUCGGCUGUGAAAGAUGCAUGGCAGAAAGAUUUGACUGAGAUAUUAGGAAGCCCACACAGCACCGAGGCUUCUAGAGUGUGCAGCAGUGCCCCUGUGAGCAUGAAGAUCCAGCCGCUGAACGAGACAGCCUUGAUGGUGAGCUGGGAACGCCCCCUGACAAUCUACCACCCCCCCAUCACCAGUUACAUGGUCUCUUACAGCUGGGUGAAACGGGAUGUCGCAGAUGAAAAGACUUUUAUAAAGACAGGAGACCAGAGCAUGAAAGCGGUGAUUACUAAUGUGUCCCCGGACCUACUUUACCUGUUCAGGGUACAGGCAGUGUGUCAGCAUGACCUACGCAGUGACUUUAGCCAGACGCUGCUGUUCAGAGCAAAUACAACAAGGAUCUUCGAAGGGUCUCGCAUUGUGAAGACUGGGAUGCCCACAAUAUCCCCAGCUUCAUCAGCAGAUAUGGCUCCCAUCAGCUCCGGUUCAUCCACCUGGACGUCCUCUGGUAUCCACUUCUCCCUUGUCUCGAUGGCCACAGGAAUGGGCCCCUCCUCCAGUGGCAGCCAGGCCACGGUGGCUUCAGUGGUGACCAGCACCUUGUUGGCAGGCUUGGGCGUCGGCGGAGGGGUGAUCUCCUCUUUGCCGAGCUCUGUUUGGCCCACACACACUCCUCCUGCCAGUCAGAACCCGUCACAUCAAUCCACUCCACCAUCGAAGCCCAGCAUUGGGCAGGCGGCGACUCAGGGUGCCGAGAGUAAGAAGCAGGCUGAGGACAAACAGGCUGCGGGUGAGGGGGAGGAGGAGAGGGAAGAGAAUGGUGAAAAAGAAGAAGAAGAGGAGGAAGAAGAGGUUGAAAAAAGGAAAAAGGACAAGAAUUCACCUAAUAAUGAGGAGAAGCAGGCAAACAGCACUGUGUCCGAAGAGCCUUUAAUCCCUACCCCCGCAUCCACAGCCAAAGAGAAAGGAAAGGGCAAUCCGACAACCAAAGCUGAUGCAGCCCCUGCAGGCACUGGUGAUGACCGCUUGGUAAACGAGGAAAAGAGAGCCACCGAAGUAAACACAGUCUCCACUCAGGAGCCACGUAAUGACAGCGCUGAGAUGCAGAUUCCUCAGAGCUCCACUGUAUCUCCAAAGAAUAAAAGUGAUGGAAAGGGUCAUUGGCCUUUUUCCGUCCACACUGAUCAAACCGUCUUGUCCAACGUGACACGGGCCCCUCACCCAGGAAUGGGCCGUAUGGUGUGGAUCGUGCCCCUGGUGGUGGUGUCUGCUCUCACACUGCUGUGCCUCAUCAUGCUGCUUAUCGUGAUGGUCUACUGGAGGAGAUUUUUCCAGACGGCUCAUUUUUAUGUGGAGGAGAGCAGCUCUCCACGGGUGGUGGCCAAUGAGAAUAUCCCAAUCAUCCCUAUACCAGAUGAUAUGGACGCCAUUCCUGUAAAGCAGUUUGUUAAACACGUCAUGGAGCUCUACAAAAGCAACAUGCAAGGUUUUGCCGAGGAGUUUGAGGAGGUCCAGCGAUCCACAGUCGACUUAAAAAUCACCGCAGAACAUUCCAAUCAUCCUGACAACAAGCACAAAAACAGAUACAUCAACAUUGUAGCCUAUGACCACAGCAGGGUGAAAUUGCGAGCUUUGGCAGGGAAAGAUGCCAAACAUUCGGAUUACAUCAACGCCAACUAUGUGGAUGGCUACAACCGUCCCAGGGCCUAUAUCGCUGCUCAGGGUCCUCUGAAGUCUACGUUUGAGGACUUCUGGAGGAUGGUUUGGGAGCAGAACACAGGAAUUAUUGUCAUGAUAACCAACCUGGUGGAAAAAGGGAGGAGGAAAUGCGACCAGUACUGGCCAAUGGAGAACAGCGAGCAGUAUGGAAACAUCGUGGUGACGCUGAAAAGCACCGAAGUGCAUGCCUGCUACACUCUGCGGCGGUUCCUUAUAAGGAAUACGAAAGUUAAAAAGAUUCAGAAAGGGAACCAGAAAGGGAAGCUAAAUGAACGCAUCGUGGUUCAGUAUCACUACACUCAGUGGCCUGACAUGGGAGUACCAGAAUAUACCCUCCCUGUCCUCACUUUCAUCAACCGCUCCUCAGCGGCUCGUACUGCAGACAUGGGUCCUGUCCUGGUGCAUUGCAGUGCAGGGGUUGGGCGCACGGGAACGUACAUCGUCAUCGACAGUAUGCUGCAACAAAUCAAGGACAAAAGCACAGCCAGUGUCCUGGAUUUUCUCAAACAUAUACGCACACAACGCAACUACCUUGUCCAGACUGAGGAGCAGUAUGUUUUCAUCCAUGAUGCGCUGAUGGAGGCCAUCCUUAGCAAAGAGACUGAGGUGCCGGUCUGGAAGCUGCACAGCUACGUCAACAGCAUCCUGACACCCAACUCGGCCGGCCGCACGCGGCUAGAGAAGCAGUUCAGGCUGCUGAGUCAGUGCAACACACGCUUCGUCGAGUGCUUCAGCGCACACAAAGACUGCAACAAGGAGAAGAACCGCAACUCCUCAGUAGUUCCCUCGGAAAGAGCAAGGGUUGGACUCACCACCCUGCCUGGCAUGAAAGGAACAGAUUACAUUAAUGCAUCCUACAUAAUGGGCUAUUACAGGAGUAAUGAGUUCAUCAUUACCCAGCAUCCUUUGCCCCACACCACCACAGACUUCUGGAGGAUGAUUUGGGACCACAACGCUCAGAUUAUCGUCAUGCUACCUGACAACCAGGGGCUGGCUGAGGAUGAAUUUGUUUACUGGCCAAGUCGAGAAGAGGCCAUGAACUGCAUCGCCUUUACUGUAACUCUCAUCAGUAAGGACAGAUUGUGCCUCUCCAAUGAGGAGCAAAUCAUCAUCCACGACUUCAUCUUGGAGGCCACGCAGGAUGAUUAUGUUCUGGAGGUGAGACACUUUCAGUGCCCCAAAUGGCCAAACCCAGACGCUCCUCUCAGCAGCACCUUCGAGCUCAUCAGUGUCAUCAAGGAGGAAGCCAUGACUCGAGAUGGCCCCACCAUUGUGCACGAUGAGUGCGGCGCCGUGUCAGCGGGCAUGCUCUGUGCCCUCACCACGCUGUCCCAGCAGCUGGAGAGCGAAGGCGUCGUUGACAUCUAUCAGGUGGCCAAGAUGAUCAAUCUCAUGAGGCCAGGGGUCUUCACUGAUAUAGAGCAGUACCAGUACCUUUACAAAGCCAUGCUGAGCCUGGUCAGCAACAGCGAGUGCAGCCUGAGUCCCACUCACACGGACACUAAUGGGGUGGUGGUGAUUGCAGACGAGUCGGACCCUGCCGAGAGCAUGGAGUCGCUCGUCUGAAGACAUUCCUGCAGGCACUUAAUUUGUAAAAAUAACACCAAUCCAAGAACUUUUCUGAGGCCUUUUUGCCAGACUAUUGAUUAAACAAAUAACCUUAUUACUUUUUAUACUGAUAAAAAGGUUUUUUGAUAUUUAUGUUUUUUUUUUGGUCCCUUAUUUCUUGUCUUAAAUGUUCUCCUGCUGAGCGUUUGCACCUGUUUAAGUUGACAUGAGGAAAAAGCAGCUCUGUCCACUUUGCACUAAACUAUCAGUGUUACUGCCUACACCCAGCGAGUGGAACAAAACCUCGGGGUGGGGGGGAAGGGGGGUUCGGACUGCAUCGAGACAAAACCUGAAGCAUGAAGACCAGGAUGAGUUGAGGGGAUCCACCUAAAGUAAAGUCUUAAACCACUUCAUCACAUCAUUAUAUAGCCCAGCAUGUAUUUUUUGGUCACUUUGUCACCGUUUUGAGGCUCCAUUCCUACUUUUAUCAUGUGAACAGACUUUCAGCGGCUUCUACGUUAACGUCCCAAAUUCUCACUGCUGUCCUGUAAAAUGUACUUAUGGCUUAUUUUUUUCUUAAAAUGUGUUGCAACAUCUAAUGUGAACAUGUAUUGCUUUUUACAGGGAUUUAUUUUGUUGUAUUGUUUUGUAAUAUAUAUAUAUAUAUAUAUAUACAUAUAUAUAUUAUCUUUAAUAGCCUUGUUAUAUUUAUUUCUUUACUUCUAGAUCCAUAUUCUUGGGGGAGGUUCUGUAGCUUGUCCUGUAUGGCCUGCAAAUCCUGCCCUGAUUUUAUUUUUGAAGCUAUUUUUUCCUGCUUUUGUUGUUGCUUCUCUAACCUCAGCAAGUCACUGCUCAGCCGUUAACACACGUAUCUGUACCGACACCACGCAAUGCCAACAAGAAAACGUACAAAAAAAAUUGUUCACUCUGCACAAAGUUUUUCAUGUUUUAUUUUAAAGCAUUUUGUCGCAAUGUAAUUCGAAUCUGUUCCCGGCGCUGAUCAACACGCAAAGUAAUUUUAAAAUCAAGGUCAAAACAACUUUUUGGUGGAUUAUAGCCAAGAUUUUCCAAAUCAGUUUUCAUAUCCUUGCGGAUUGCUCUAAGUAUCUCUGUACUUGUGGAUACUUCUGCCCAGCUGCUGUGAGUCACUGACAUCACCACAUUGUUGUUCUGUUUUUAGGACAUUCCUGCAGAAAUUUAACUGCGGCAACACUUAAUAUUUUUAAGUUUCAUUAGACUAUAAGCAUCUUCACUUGAUCCUCCUGUGAGAAUUUUAUUCAGUGCCUUGAAAGUCAUUCCAGUCUCUCACUGGUCCAUGUUUUAGGAAAGAUUUUACCUUCAAUUCCUUUCCUUAUUUCUGUAAAUAAUUUACCAUGUUAGUUGGGCUUGGACCCAGAACCAGCCUGAGGUACAAGCAAACUAAGCUGAUGUUUAGUAUCCCAAAGCCAGUAAGGGCCCUCCAAGAGCAUAUGGGUUCUCACGCAAGAUUGAUCACAAAACUUGUUGUUUGGUGUUUGUAGUCAAGAAUGAGGGAACCUUUAAAUCUGCUAGAUAGUUUAGAAAAUAGUAGGUUUAAAAAAAACUUAAAAUAGCUUAAUUUAAUAUAUAAAUUAAUUUAUAUGUAAAAGAACUGAGAAAUGUAUGCUUAUAAUUAGUACAAAAAGAAAACUUGCCUUCACUUCAGAUUUCUCGUGUUCUUUUGUCACAAUGUUUCAGAUCAGCAGACAAGGAUAGCCUGAGUAGAAACAAAAUACAAUUUUCAAAUGAUGAUUAAGUUAUUAAGAGUUAUUAAGAGUAAAUGCCUUAUCCAAAUCAACCUGUCCUUAUAUGUAGGAGUAAUUGCCACCCAAACCUGAUGCCUGGUUUUGCCACCCUGAGUGGCAAAAAAAAACCAUCAAAUGGUUGCGUUAACUACCAUUAUCCUAUAUCCUUUAUAUCAUUUGGGGAAUUGAUUCAUUUCAGACGUAUUGGAGGGUUUAAUGCAUGAAGGGCCUGUUUAAGGUCAUGCCAAGGCAUCUCAGUUAGAUUUAGAUCUGGGCUUUGACUAGACUUGUUCAAAAGGCUAUUUUUGUCCAGGGAGCUCCUGCAAUGCUUUAAAUGUUAAGGGUUCUUCUGUGACCUGUGAUGAGUUGUGAUUGCACUCUGGAGUCCUGCUGGCUUAAAAAUAGUUUGUAGCUCUUUCCAGACUGAUAAAUGUCAAUGACUUGAAAUCUUCUAAAUCUUUUGACCUACUUCAUGUUGCCAGACUGUUCUAUUUAAGUAACUUCCUGAUUCUUCGGGUCUAGGGGAUGGAUAUCUUAUUCCGUUUUAAAGGAAAGUCAAUAUUUGAAAGCUGUUUUUUGUAUUUAGUCAGGAAAUAUUUCUCCGAAUAAAAAAUUUGUUUGAUCUGAAAUGUUAAAGUGUGACAGAAGAAAUCUGUUGGGGUAAAAGUAUUUUUCAGAGGACUGUAGUAAAUCUUAUGCAGGAUGGUGUGUACUGACUUUUAGGUUUCCAAAUUAAAUUUGGCCUGUGGUCCCAUCAAACCUCAGGCCAACCCUGCUUAUUUAGUGGCAUAAUCAACAGAUUUUCCCUGUCAUUACACAGAAAUGUUUCAUUACGCUUCCCAAUUUAGUCAAAUAAUGAAAAUAUUUUUUGAAUUUUUCGUGAAUUUAUUUUUAACUUGACAUGAGCGUCCGUUGAUCAGUGUCUCAUUAAAAAAAAAAACUGUGAAUAAAUAAAACAUGAAAAAAAGUAAGAAUCCAAGGGAGGUGAAAACUUUUCUAUAGACACUCUACUUUCCUUCUUGGUGGGUUGAUGCUUUAUUUGUAACCAAAGAUGUGGUUCCAGUUUGCGACAUGUUAAGUGGUUUUGUCCUAAGAUCUAUUUAACCGAUGAGCGUUUAAAAUCAAAUUGUUCCGUACAGAUUUUCCAGUGUCAGAGGUGUGAAUUUUAACCAGAGUUUAAGCAUGUUUCUGUUCGAACCUCAGGAACUUGCCUUCCGGAGAUAUUUUACUUUUGUGAUGCUUUCCUCACUCAAGUAAACAAGGUUACAAAUUCAGACUGUAAAAUUGUAUUUUAUCAAGGCCGAAAUUCCAUCUCUGCGUUAUUUUGUGGCUAUAAUUAUAAUCCCUUUUCAGCCCUGAA